AUGGAGGAGGAUGAAUUCCUAAUUUCUUCUCCUGUUUUUAACAGGAACAGGAAGGUGGUGGAUUACUCCCAGUUUCAGGAAUCAGAUGAUGCUGAUGAUGAUUAUGGAAGAGAUUCAGGACCCCCAUCCAAGAAAAUCCGCUCAUCUCCCCGAGAGGCCAAAAACAAGAGGAGAUCUGGGAAGAAUUCUCAGGAGGACAGUGAGGACUCAGAAGACAAAGAUGUGAAGACCAAGAAAGAUGAUUCACACUCAGCAGAUGAAGAUUUUGGCAGCGAGGACGAUGACGUAGGAGCCGACGACGGCAAAGCCGACAGCGACUACGAGAGCUCCCAAAAAAGCAAAAAAGGAAAGAAAGCUAAACCAGACAAGAACAAGAGAGCAGCCUCCAAAUCCAGGAAAAGGCCUGCAGAGGACAGCGAGGAUGAGAAGGAAGAUCACAAAAACGUCCGUCAGCAGCGGCAGGCGGCCUCCAAAGCAGCCUCCAAACAGAGGGAGAUGCUCAUGGAUGAUGUGGGCAGUGAGGAGGAGGAGCAGGAGGAUGAUGAGGCACAGUUCCAGGAGACAGAUUCAGGAAGUGAUGAAGACUUCCUCAUGGAAGAUGAUGAUGACAGUGACUAUGGCAGUUCAAAAAAGAAAAACAAGAAGGUCUCCAAGAAAUCCAAGCCAGAGAGGAAAGAAAAGAAAAUGCCCAAGCCCAGGCUAAAGGCCACAGUGACCCCCAGCCCAGUGAAAGGCAAAGGGAAGGCAGGUCGCCCCACAGCUUCCAAGGCAACAAAAGAAAAAACCCCAUCCCCCAAAGAAGAGGAUGAAGAGCCUGAAAGUCCCCCAGAAAAGAAAAAAUCAGCCAGCCCUCCACCAGAAAAGUCAGGGGAUGAGGGAUCUGAAGAUGAAGCACCCUCUGGUGAAGAUUAAAAUGGCAGUUGAGGAAAAAAAAUCUUUGUUUAAAAAAAAAAAAAAAAAAAAAAGAGGAGGAAAAAAAAAAAAAAGGAAAAAGGAAAAAAUCCUUAGGGGUAGAACACGGUUUUGGCUGUGGCUUGACUCAUGGGCUUUGAAUGCUGUCUUUCCUUUCAGCUGGUGACUCCAGUGUCAUUCUUGUUGAAAUCAGAGGAAACCCUUCCACAGGCAGGUUUGGAAGAUGUUCUCUGUUCUCCCUCCCCUGCCAAACCUGAGGAGCCAUUUGAGACCCAUCCCCAGAGCAUCCAAUAUUUGAUUUGUUUUCAAGGGACACUGCAGUUGUGAAGCAAUAAGGUUUGAGACUGAUCUGUGGAAACCAAUCCUUCAGUAGAAUAGAUUUUUUUUUUUUUUGUUUCCCCAGUGCUGGUAAGAGCUGUUUAAAACUAUUAUAUUUGGAAUAUAUGGAAAAAAAAAUAAUAAUGAAGCUCUGCUCUAACAGGCUUUGAGAGGAGUUCACUCUCAGCAGAAAUGCAGCUGGGCUAAUGCCAGUGGAGGAGGAUGGAGCACAGGGAGGAAUCCUGUGGUUCUUGGAUUCAGGCACGUUUUUCAUGGAAAGCAAUCAAGAAACUCAGAGAUGCUCCAGAGUCUUUGGUUUAGAACAGAUCCUCCAGUCAGGGUGGGAGAUCUUUUGGUCAGAAAACUUUCUGCUGUAGGCAAAUUGCAGCCCAUUGCAGAGAAAUUCAGAUAUUCAACCUUCACCCUUCUUUUAUUCCUUCUGUAGAGGGGCAGAACAGGGAAGAGAAAUUACAAAAUCAUUUUUAAAACUGCUCUCCAUUGGCUAUGGUGGGAAAUGGUUUUAUUUAGAUUUUUCCAAGGAAGAAAAAAAAAAAACCAAACCAAACCAAUGACCAGAUAAUGUAAAACAAAAUUCUUCAGCUUUUGGGGUGAGGGCUGUGCUGUUGUGGGUGUGGGCAGAGGGUCUGCUCCCUGCAGGUGCCCUGAGUGUUCCCUUCCCUUCCCUUCCCUGCCCUCCUGGUGCCCUCAGCAAAGCCCCAGGGGUGCCUGGCACGGGGGCACAGCGGGCACUGGGCAGCCCAGGGGUCUGUGGGGUCAGCUCCCCUUACACCUGGGGGGUCUGUGGGGUCAGCUCCUCAUCCUGUGGGGUCAGCUCCCCUUACACCUGGGGGGUCUGUGGGGUCAGCUCCUCCUUCUGCCUGUAGGAUCAGCUCCUCAUCCUGUGGGGUCAGCUCCCCUUCUGCCUGUAGGAUCAGCUCCUCAUCUGUGGGGUCAGCUCCUCAUCCUGCCUGUAGGAUCAAUUCCUCCUCCUGUGGGAUCAGCUCCCCACCCUUUCUGUGGGGUCUGUGGGGUCAGCUCCCCUUCUGCCUGUAGGAUCAGCUCCCCUUAGACCUAUGGGGUCAGCUCCCCUUCUGCCUGUAGGAUCCAGCUUCUCAUCCUGUGGGAUCUAUGGGAUCAGCUCCUCACCCUCCCUGCAGCAUCUGUGGGGUCUGCUCCCCUUAGACCUGUAGGAUCAGCUCCUCAUCUCUCCUGUGGGGUCAGCUUCUCAUCCUGUGGGAUCUAUGGGAUCAGCUCCUCACCCUUCUGGUGGGGUCUGUGGGCUCUGCUUCCCUUCUGCUUGUGGGCUCUGUGGGAUCAGCUCCCCAGUUCCUGUAGGAUCAGCUCCCCAGUUCCUAUAGGAUCUGUGGGCUCUGUAGGAUCAGCUCCCCAGUUCCUGUGGGCUCUGUGGGAUCAGCUCCCUGUUCCUGUAGGAUCUGUGGGCUCUGUGGGAUCAGCUCCCUCUUCCUGUAGGAUCUGUGGGCUCUGUAGGAUCAGCUCCCCAGUUCCUAUAGGAUCUGUGGGCUCUGUAGGAUCAGCUCCCUGUUCCUGUAGGAUCUGUGGGCUCUGUAGGAUCAGCUCCCUGGUUGCAGGUGUGGCCCUCCCCAGCCCAGCAGGACCUGCUGCUGCCAUCUCAGCUUUUAUCCCGCAGCCAAAUCCUUCCCUUAAACUUCUGACUCCCUCCCAAACCUCUCACCCCUCAGGCAGCUCCUGCCACCUUUCCUGCUGCAAACAUUACAAACUGGACCUGCCCUUUUUUAGUCCUUUUUUAGUUGGAUUUUUCCCCAAACCCCCCUGUGCUCUCCUGUUGCUCCCCUCCUCUUCCAGCUGCCAAACUUUGCCUCCUCCUUGGGGUUUUCCUUUUCAUUUCUGUGUGCCAGAGGUGGCACAGGGCAGCUCAUGGAUCACUUGGGAUUCCUGCUGGCAGCAGCUUCUGAAUCCUUUUGGGAUUUUGGAGAUUCCCUCCAGGUGAAGCUCUAAAAACAAUCAGGAUUUUGGAGAUUCCCUCCAGGUGAAGCUCUAAAACCAUCAGGAUUUUGGAGAUUCCCUCAAAGUGAAGCUCUAAAAACCAUCAGGAUUUUGGAGAUUCCCUCCAGGUGAAGCUCUAAAACCCAUCAGGAUUUUGGAGAUUCCCUCCAGGUGAAGCUCUAAAACCCAUCAGGAUUUUGGAGAUUCCCUCGAGGUGAAGCUCUAAAACCCAUCAGGAUUUUGGAGAUUCCCUCCAGGUGAAGCUCUAAAACCAUCAGGAUUUUGGAGAUUCCCUCCAGGUGAAGCUCUAAAACCCAUCAGGAUUUUGGAGAUUCCCUCCAGGUGAAGCUCUAAAAACCAUCAGGAUUUUGGAGAUUCCCUCCAGGUGAAGCUCUAAAACCCAUCAGGAUUUUGGAGAUUCCCUCGAGGUGAAGCUCUAAAACCCAUCAGGAUUUUGGAGAUUCCCUCCAGAUGAAGCUCUAAAAACAAUCAGGAAGGAGCCUGAGUCCAGCUCAGGUGGGGGAUGGAAUAUUCCAGCAUUGUCCUGUGGGAUUCCCUGGUUUUUAUUGAGGCUGGCAAAUUCCUUCACCUUCUAAAAAUUGAAUUUCUCUGACAUUCUUGACUCUCCUGGAAUUACUGUUGCAGUUACAAUAAAGAUGAUGUUGUUUCAUUGGAAAUCUAUUUUUAGUUUUUUACAAUGGUUUGAAUUUAUUUUUAUUAUUUUUAUUUUUAUUUUUAAUUUUUAUUUUUAUUUUUUUCUUCCAGAACAGCAUCAGGCUGCAGGGAAAUCUCACUUAGAAAAAAGAAAAUGUAAUUCCCUCUCCUCUCCCCCAGCUCCUCCCACCUGCUGGGAGAGCAGAAAUUCCCUCCACUUUUUGGGGUAAUUCUGGGAAAUUCUGGCCACUUUUGGAAAAUAAAACCCAUUCAGAGCAAACAUUUGCACCAAUAAAUCUCUGGUUCCCAGAGCUGUUCCCCAAAAUAUUUCAAAUAUUUGGGGUUUCUGUAAAUUCAGGUGUGCAGGGGCAGUUCAGGGCUCUGGUUCUCACCUGAUGCUCUCUGAAGUUUAUUCUGAGACUCUCAAAUUUAUUUUUGGUUGUUUCAUUUAUUUUUUUCUUCCUGAAAAUCCUUUUUGGUUUAUUUCAGUUCAGGUUUUGGGUUGUUUUCUCCUUUUUUUCACAGAACUUUCUGCUUUCUCCCUCUCCCUUUCUGCUGGCUUGGAGGCUCCCUGAUGCUUUGUUCUGUCUCACAACCCCCAAAAUGUCCAGAUUUUCAGGAUUUUCAAAUUUCCAAACCUGUUUUGGUACAAACUCUGAGCCCUGAUGGUUUCUGGUAGGAAAACACCAAUUUCUCAUUUUCACAGACAGGAGCAAUGAGCCAGGGGAAUAUUUCUAUUAUUUUCAAUAUUUUUAUUUUAACAUCAUUUUACAGCAGCCUUCACCUUUUAAAUCAACAAUUUAAUUGGAAUUAAUUUGUAUUAAACAUUCUGGAAGUAAAAUUGGGGAAAAAAUGAUUUUUUUUAGGAGCACCAAGAGAUUUUUAUGGAGCAGAAAGUUUCACUCACAGGAGGAGCCUCUGAAAAGUUUCUGUGUCCCACAGCUGUAAAAUGGAUUUAUUCCCAAAUUCCCUCAGUCCUGCUUGGUCCUGAUUUUAAAAUUCCAGAGUUCCCAUCCUGGCCCUGAAUCCUCUCAGCAGCUCCAGCUCUGAAUGGGUCAAAAUCAGGGAAAAUCUGAAUUUAUGCUGGGGAUGGUUUGGGGGAACAAUGAGCUGAGUUCAGGGGGUCAGGAAAGGAUUAAAAAUGGGGCAGCUGAGGAGCUUUAAUCAAUUUGAAAUUUUUCCAGGCAGAGAGAGGGGGGAGAGAGGCACAGUGCAAAAAUCUGAAAUUCCUGAGAGGUUUUUUUCCUUUUUUUCUCCCUUUUUUUAAAAAAUAUUCCCUCCAGUGAUGCCCCCAAAGGUCCAAGAGCCCUGAGGUGAGGGAGGGAAGGAAUCUGUCCCAUGCUGGAAACUUCUGGAGCUGUAAGAAAAAAAUAACAAAAAAAAACCAAACAAAAACCCCAAGCUGGUGCUUUGCUUUCCUGUCCUUCUGUUUGGGAAGUGUUGAUUCUUCUAACAGAUCCUAAAAGCUCCAAAGGGACCCGGGAAUUUGGGAAUUUGCUGGAGAAUUCUUUCAUCUCAGAGGGGAGGAGUGGGAGCAGUUUAUGAGGGACUGGCAGAGUCUUUGGCUGUGUGAGCUUGGGGAGGGGUUGGUGUCACCUCUGUCACCUCUGUCACCCAGAAAUGAUCAAUUCUGUGUUUGAGCAGAGCUGGGGAGCCCCCCUGCACUUUUGGGGUGCUGCUGGAACAGAAGCAGCGCUGAUGGUUUGGAGAAUUCUUUCAUCUCCUGGAAGGAAGGAGUUGGAGCAGUUGGGAGGGACUGCAGAGUCCUUGGCUGUGUGACCUGGGGCAGGGCUUGGUGUCACCUCUGUCACCCUGAAAUUACCAAUUCUGUGUUUGAGCAGAGCUGGGGGGUCCCCUAAACUUUUGGGGGUGCUGCUGGAACAGAAGCAGUGCUGAUGGUUUGGAGAAUUCUUUCAUCUCUCAGAGGGGAGGAGUGGGAGCAGUUGGCUGUGAGGCUUUGGGAGGGGUUGGUGUCACCUCUGUCACCUCUGUCACCCAGAAAUGAUCAAUUCUGUGUUUGUCUGACCUGAGCAGAGCUGGGGAGCCCCCCCUGCACUUUUGGGGUGCUGCUGGAGCAGAAGCAGCGCUGACAUUGUGGGGAAUUCUUUCAUCUCAGAGGGGAGGGACUGCAGAGUCCUUGGCUGUGUAACCUGGGGAGGGGUUGGUGUCACCUCUGUCACCUUGAAAUGACCAAUUCUGUGUUGGUCUGACCCCAAACAGAGCUGGGGGUUCCCCUGCACUUUUGGGGUGCUGCUGGAACAGAAGCAGCGCUGACAUUGUGGGGAAUUCUUUCAUCUCUCAGAGGGGAGGGACUGCAGAGUCCUUGGCUGUGUGACUUUAGGAGGGGUUGGUGUCACCUCUGUCACCCAGAAAUGACCAAUUCUGUGUUUAUCUGACCUGAGCAGAUCUGGGGGGAUCCCCUGCACUUUUGGGGGUGCUGCUGGAGCAGAAGCAGCGCUGACAACCUGUCCAAGGAGGAAUUUUGGGCUUUUUGGAGCCCAGCAGAGCAGGGAGAGCCAGCCCCGAGCCCAGCCUAGCUGGGAAUCACAUCCCAGCCUUCCCACCUGAGGAGCUGGAUGGGUUUGGGGUGGAACUGUUGGGUUUGGAUGGUUUGGGGUGGAACUGUUGGAUUUUGGGGCCCAGCCCAGCCCAGCCCUGCCGGGGUGCUGGCCCAGCAUGCUCCGUGUGACUGCAAACGCUCUGUACAGAGGGGCCAGGGUUUUUUAUAUAUAUAUUUUGGGAUGGGGGGAGGGAGGAGGGAGGGUGCAGAUCCUAAAAGCAGCUUAAGCCAGACUUCAAUGUGUGUAAAAACAAAAAAACAACCCCCAAACCUUCGGUGUGUGAGUGCGAGCAGGAGCGGCUGCCAUCCCAUUAUCCCAUCCCAUCCCAUCCCAGUUAUCCCAUCCCAUUAUCCCAUCCCAUCCCAUCCCAGUAAUCCCAUCCCAUCCCAUCCCAUCCCAUCCCAUCCCAUUAUCCCAUCCCAUCCCCUUUGUGUUCUCAGCAGUUGGGAGCUUUUAUUUUCUUUUUUUCUUUUUUUUUUUUUUGUUUAAUCCCCUUUUCCUGCAGAAGCAAUUGUUACAAAAAGAAAAAGAAUUGUAAAUAAGAGCUAAUUUUUGUUGUUGUUGUUGUUUGCCACGGUGUCACAGCAAACCCUGUGAAGGUGGAGGAGGAGACUGGCAGCAUUUUCUGGUGUGCAAGGAAUAUUUUGUCUUGAGUAUCUGCAAUCCCCUGGUCAGCUUUUAGAAGAAAAAAAAAAUGAUUAAAAAAAAAAAAUAAUAAAAAUCAGGCUCUUUGCAGUUCCUCUCCCUGUCCUUUUUUUGAAUUUUUAUUGUUAAUUUUUGGUUAAUUUUCCAAGCAGGAACAAAGGGGCAGCUGCAAACAGCCAGCGGGGUUGGGAGCUCUGGGAUCCAGCCUGGUACCAGGAGCUCAACCUGGAUGGAACAUUCUUGCUUUAUUUCAAACUCCAAACUAAACCAAACCACCUUUUAUUUGGGUUUUUAUUAUUAUUUUAAAAAAAGGGGUUGAAGUGAACAGGACUGUUGGCCACGUUGGUGAAUUUCUAGCUGCAAACAUUUCAUGGGUAGAAAAUCGUGUGAUGGUCUUUUUUUUUUGUGCUGAUUCAUUUCCCAGAUUCCCAGUCUCUGUAUGUACCUGCAAAGAAAGAAAAAAAAAAAAACACACAAAAAAAAAUAAAAAUAAUAAAAAUAAAACUAAAAUAACCAAGCCAAUGCUUUGCUUUGAUUGAAAAAAGGGUUCGUGGGACUGCAAACCUGCUCCUGAGCUCUGUUUGAAGUCGGUGUUUCCUUCGCUUGUAUUUUGUAUUAAACCAGAACCACGAGGGUAAAUCCCAGCCCUUUCUCCUUCAGCAUGUUGGAAUUGUGUCCCCUCCUUUCUUUCUCUCCUUUUUGGAAUAUAUUCAGCAACUCAUUCUUCUGUAUCUUUUCUUUUCUUUUGUAAACUUUUUGGUUUUGUUUAAAAAUGGCUUUAUAAAAGGGCUUUUAUAACCCA